AUGGAAAGCAGUAGCCAUCUGGCAAUGGACGUCGUCCUGCCAGCUUUUGAUUUCCAGCCCUUCGAGUACACCGACAUUUCAUCAAAUGAGAUUCGUCUUCUUUCCUUUGUUGAACGGCACGGCCAGCCAGAAAGCUAUAAACUAGGCAGCAUCCCGUUGAUUGAAUGCACGCUAGAGACUGUCGAUUUCUACACCAGCCCGGCAUACGAAGUGCUGUCACACGCCACUGGCAAUCCACUCGCUGUGCAGCCAGACUCCAACGAUGAGUACGGGGAUGCAUGCAAAUGGCCCGUAGCUGUCAACGGCCGGCUGCUCUAUGUGUCUAGGAACUUGUAUGAGGGACUGUCGCGUGUUAGACAGCUUCGGCAUAACUCGAACGUCACAGCGGACGAAGAGACGCGGUACAAGCACGACAAGACGCGGUUGAUAAAAGCCGCAGAGCAGGGUAUGCUCGACGAGGUUCUCGACUGUCUGCGCUCCGGCGCCCAUCUCUAUGCCAAAGAUGAGUUUGGGAAAACGGCACUCCACUACGCUGCUGAGAAUGGCCGGCUUGAGAUGGUUAGAUCCUUGCUCGAGCAUGGUGCGAGUUUAGAUGACCUUGACAAGAGCCACCGUACCCCAUUUGCGUGCUGUGUGCAACAACGACGCGGAGAGUACGAAGAGGUGGCCGCACUGCUACUUAGCUGGAAGGGAGAAGACCGCGGAGACCCUGCAAGAAAGAUGGGGGAUCCGUUGUGGAUUGAAGCACUGUGUGUUGACCAGAGUAACGUGGAAGAACGCAAUGUCCAAACCGCCAUGAUGACACAAAUCUUAUCCCAAGCCAGGAUGGUUAUAGGCUGGCUUGGAGUGGAUGAUGCCACUACAUCUACAGCUUACAAGCUCAUGAUGGAGUGCGACAGCAUAAGGCCGUCCAUCGUCUACUAUCUCCAGUAUAAGUGGGAUACGGGUGUAGAUCAGGAGAUGGAGAUAGAUUCAGAGUCAGAUACUUCUUUGCUCUCUACCCGCGAGGUCCAGGCCAUCAUGACUUUACUCGAGCGCUCUUGGUUCCGACAGACCAGUGCUUCCCAAGAACUCGCAAUGGCAAAAGAUGUUGCUCUUUAUUGCGGACCCUAUACUUUUAGCUGGACUGAUGCUUCGAUGCUCCUAAGAAUUAUCAAGAGCAGCGACAACGCCGUCCAGAAACGAAAACUCGCAUCCAUCACAGCGGAGAGUCAAUCGAGUGCCUUGACAUUACGGGGGAAGAGGACACAAUCGUGGACCAACCUUGUGGAAGAUAACGUAAGGCCUCAUAAAAGGGUGUCUCUUCAAAAAUUUCAAACAAGUUAG